CGAUUCCAGCUGCUUGUGGUAUACCACGCCUCUCCCGCGGCAGACCGCGGCACAAAUCGAACAGCGAGACUCCUGCGAACGCACGAAGGCGGCCGGCCACGCGAUCUUGUCUUGGCAGGCGGACUUCCUUUCUGCGUCAGUACCUGUGCCGGGAUGGACAACUGUUCGCUGGAAGAUCCCCACCUUUAUCGGUUCAGCACCUGUUCGGUGUACAUCGAUAGCCACCACAGGGACAUCCUGAAGGGCUUUGACGCGUGGAGGGAGGAUGAUUCUCGAUUCAGAAGCCUCCUCAACGCGUCAAUGGCAGAGAACCCUCGUUCCUCCACCUUCGACGACCUUCUCUGGGGCUACGUUGCCGUGUUUGGUGUUCUCCUCCUUACGACUUUCCUGCAUACGGACAACCGCUUUCUCCGCCAAUAUCGACGCUUCUUCCUCUGGCCCAUCUUAUCGAUUAUUCUCAACGUCAUGCUCGCCUCCGCCCUCUGCCGUCAUGAUCACUGGAGGUGGUAUAAGAGGCAGCUUGCUGAACCAAUCGCUCUGAGACUGACUUUGGAGCGCCUCAACGACACCAGCAUCCCCGGCCCGCUACUCUUGCCCGACACCCAGACGUGGAAAGAGACGGAGACCUGGAAGGAAGGGUAUAAGUGGAUCACUCGGGACGCCAGCCGUGCGCGUGCGCUAUUGAGCAUGCUUGGGUCGACAUCUAUUUACGUGGUGGUGCUGACAUUCUCGGUGACCAUCCUGGCGCUGCAACUGUUCGCUAGCAAGUACUCCCCUCGACUGGUGAACAGCUAUAUGCGAAGCUCAGCCAAUGUCCGCUGCCUCAGGUGAGUGACUGACUGCUGGGCAUUCCAUAAAAAGAGAUGGUCCACUUUGCCGUUCGUUGUCUGUCUGUGUGUCUGUGCAGUAUUUUCAUCGGCUUCUUCGCCUACUGUAUGACUAUCAUUUUCUGGGUGGGCGGCGAGGCCCCAGGAGACCAGUGGGAAGACUCAUUCACACCUGAGUGGGCCAUGAAUACCCUGGGCCUCUGUAAGCAACCAUCAGCAGAGGGGACGGACAAAAGCAAUGCCGCAAAUGCGCCCGCAUCUUUCUCAUCUGCAGAUAGCAUCUUCUUCCUGUGGAUGUUGGUCUUUUUCAUGCACAAGUAUGCAGGCGUAUGAUACCAAGCAGAUAGGUCACGCUGUAUGUGUGCAUUCUUCUUUGCUUCCUCAGCUUCCUGUGCGGUCUUCAGCUGCAGCACAUCCUUCGGCAAAUUGUCCAGGAGAACAAAUCAACUGAGGAUUCUUGCCAUUGGAUAACAAAGAUGACGGGAUGGGCCUUUGGAAGCGCGAAAUCAUUCAAGAUGCAGAUGGUGGACCAGCCGCGAGAGAUCGAUGAGACCGACGCAUUAGACGACUUCGCUCUCGGACUUCGACACGCCGUCCUCGCCAAUAGCAGUGGCUACAUCUGCUCAGCCGAUUUACAUUGGCUGGCUCAUCAGCUGCGGAAGGAGCGGCCGCCUCUCCAGCUGUGCGUGAACCGUCGUAUCAUGAUGGGCACAUUUGUCACAGAAGGAACAGUCCUGGUAAGUGAAGUAUGGCUCUGCUCGUCGCUGUUAUGUGUCUAUCCCUGUAUUUGUGCCUAGGCAUGGGUUCGAGUGCAUCCCGAGAACGACAGUUCGAGUUCGACUUCAGUUGCUAGCGCCGGUGACAUGAGAGGCGAACAACAGCUGCACCGUGUGACAAAGAUGGUGGAUCGGGCCCUUCGUCUGAGUAGGGAAGAUCACGGUAGCGACAGCAUCUCAUUCGGAGGUAGGCAAAACAAAGAGAGUGACGGAAUCAGAUCAGCCCACGCCACCUGUGACACAAAAGACGUCUCCUGCCUGCCUGUUGGAUUGAUGUGCGCUGUGACAUGAUCAGUUCGCGAGCUGACAGGCAUCGCCGUACGUUGCAUGACAUCGUCAGCCAGCGACCCCCAUGCAGCAGUCAGCACUAUCGAUCACAUCAGCGAGCUCUUCAAGGACAUCGUGCGCAACAAGCUCCACCAUCACUUUGUCAGAAUCGGCGGGGUACGUGUGCAGAAGAGGGGGAAAAGCAGUCAUGCAAUGCUGAGCGUCUAUAUGCGUGUGUGUAUUUCAGAGACUCUACGUCGCGAUGCGGUCAUGGUCAUUUGAGGAGCUGCUCGCCCUGUGCAUGCACAGCCUGCGUUUCUAUUGCCAGACAGAUCUCUUCGUCAUGGAGCGGUCGAUCGACAUGCUCGCUGACCUCGGCUUCAUGUGCAUUCAGGGGACGACCGGGCGCAGCAGUGUGCCCAUCGGGCCAUCAGGAGCAAGCCCACAAGAGAUGAAGAGGCGUUUCGAUGUCAUCCAGACGCAUCUCGAUCAGCUGGCCGCAGAUGCGCGCAGCCAAUUUGCUGACAAAGGUAGCACUGAGAGACGUGUGAUUGAGGAAGCUCUCGACCGAGCGCAGGAUCUCAUGAGGGAGGAAGAUCCACGGGUAGUGACCAGACGGAGCUGGUCCCUUGCAUGACUGAAUGACGUGCUUGAUGCAUGGCUGUCUGUCCUCACUUGGGACACUGCACUGUGUGUCUUGUCUGUUUGUGGACGGGCAGCCAAUCAGCAGCCUCGCUUGCCUGCCUGGCUGCCUGCCGGGUGUCUGAGUGUUGUCCUUCUGUCCCUUUUGUCUGUGUUUUGGGGUUGCUGCCUUGGUGUGCGUGGGUGUUCACUUGUGAGUGGGCUGGGCUGCGUACUGCACUCAGUGAGACUGUGAGGUGUCUAUUUCGACCAUUUUGCCUGGGUGCAUCAUGCAAAUUGCACCCAGGGGAUGUGUGUGUCUGUGUGAGGGUGUGUGGAGACUUUAUCGACGGCCACGGCCACGUGCAGCUAGGAAGUCAGUUGGUAAGGCGUUUGUGCUUUGUGUGCUUUGUGUUGUGCUGGGCUAUGCUGCGUGGUCGCAAGCUACAUACGAACUAUAUAGCCGCGGCGCGAUGAAUGCAUAUGUUCGUGUCUGAUGAUGACUGACUUGUCUUCGAUGAUGCAGCCUCCCUUCCUCUCUGCAUGUGGAGCGUGCGUGGGUGAUUCCUGUUGCGUGUCGUUCGUUUGAUUGUGCGUGAAAGACAUGGGACUUGGCCGUCAGGCCGCCUAGGACAUUCAAG